CGGGUCAGGAGCAACGGCGGCACGGCGUCACUUUAUCAUUCACGCUGACAUCAAACUUUUGUGCAAAAGUGUUGUUUGUCUCGAAAGAAAAAACGCAUUUAAUGUGUAAAAAUGUCCGGUGACUCGUGGGCGCUCGCUGUCGACGUUCAGGAGGCUACAACUCCAUCCAUACAGUUGGAGUUUUCUAAUAAAGUGGAUCGACUGCGUGGUCCUCGCAACAUAAGAGGAGACAUAAAUGGCAACAUCGUGUCGGAGAGGACAGAAAAUGGAGGUUGGACAAGAGACGUGGACAAAGUGGACCUGGCAGAGCAGUCCCUGUUGAAUAAACUGAUCCGCCGGACUCUGGUGCGGAACAGAAACCAGGUGGAGGUCCUGCAGAGGGACCCCACCUCUCCUCUGUACUCCGUGAAGACUUUUGAGGAGCUCAGGCUGAAACCUGAGCUGCUGAAGGGCGUGUACAACAUCGGUUUCAACAGACCAUCCAGGAUCCAGGAGAAUGCUUUGCCCAUGAUGUUGGCGCAGCCACCUCAGAAUCUGAUCGCCCAGUCGCAGUCUGGAACAGGUAAAACUGCCGCGUUUGCUCUGGCCAUGCUCAGCCAUGUAAACCCGGCCGACAAGUGGACUCAGUGCCUUUGCAUCGCGCCGACGUACGAGCUCGCUCUGCAGAUCGGUCAAGUGAUCGAGCAGAUGGGGAAGUUUUGUCCUGAUGUGAAACUGGCUUACGGCAUUCGGGGGAACAGACUGGAGCGAGGCAUCAAGCUGCAGGAGCAGAUCGUGAUCGGAACACCGGGGACAAUCCUCGACUGGUGCACCAAGUACAAGCUCAUUGACCCCAAGAAGAUUACCAUGUUUGUGCUGGACGAGGCGGACGUGAUGAUCGCCACACAGGGUCACCGGGACCAGAGCAUACGGAUCCACAGACAGCUGUCGAAGGACUGCCAGAUGCUCCUUUUCUCUGCAACCUUUGAGGACUCGGUGUGGAGGUUUGCAGAGCAGGUGGUUCCCGAUCCCAACAUCAUCAGGCUGAAGCGCGAAGAGGAGACGCUGGACAACAUCAAGCAGUUCUACGUGCUGUGUAAGGAGAAGGAGGACAAGUUCACAGCUCUCUGCAAUCUGUACGGGAGCCUCACCGUCGCACAGGCCAUGAUCUUCUGCCACACUCGCAGGAUUGCUGCCUGGCUGACUGCAAGCCUGACCAACGAGGGGCACCAGGUGGCGUUACUGAGCGGGGAAAUGACGGUGGAGCAGAGAGCCGCCGUCAUCGAACGCUUCAGGAACGGCAAGGAGAAGGUGCUCGUCACCACGAACGUGUGCUCCAGAGGCAUUGAUGUGGAACAAGUGUCUCUUGUGGUCAACUUUGACCUCCCGGUGGACUUGGACGGGAACGCAGACAAUGAGACGUACCUCCACCGGAUCGGCCGCACGGGGCGCUUCGGCAGAAGAGGAUUUGCUGUCAAUAUGGUGGACAGCAAACACAGCAUGGAUAUAAUCAACCAGAUCGAGAUGCAUUUCAACAGGAGAAUCACAAAACUCGACACCAGCAAUCUGGAAGAAAUGGAGAAGCUGAUCAGCUGAGCUCUUCGCUCCGUGCACUACCGACACUGAAGCAGUUAGACGUGUUACCUCAGAUGUGGCUCGAGUUCUUUGCAGGGUUUAUUGUUUACAGAAGAGAAAUAUGCAUGCCGAUGUUGACUAUGCAAACUUAUUUCACGGCAGUUAUUUGUGCCAAAGUUUUUCAUUUGAUGUGUCCGACUUUGAUCACUGAAGUCACCUUAAAGCCUUGAAGCCGUCUCCCAGAGAGGCUCUAAACUGACCACUCGCUGUUAAAACAGCAUUUAGGAAGGGUGGUGCUGAUACUACAGCUGACGGUUUGCAGUGGUGUUUGUGUUUGAUUAUCUGAAGUGAAUUAUUAAUGCCUGAUUGGUGGCAUAGAAGCGUGUGUCUCAUCCACAGGUCGAGUUCAGAUCAACUAUCCUUGAGUGACUUGAAGCAUUUUGAGGUUUAAGUGCCUGUUUUCAGAUGCAGUGGUAGCUCAGUUUCCGGAUUAUUUGAUGUUAUAUCAGACUAUGAAGACUGAGCUGGUGCUCAUUUUUUGUGUGGGAAAAAACCCCCAAUAAAUAUCCUGUUACAUAA